AUGGCCCGCCGCAGCCGCCGCCGACCUUCCUCGCCGUCCACGGUAACGCCGCCUCCGCUGGAAGACGACGAUCUCCUCCACGAGAUCCUUCUCCGCCUCCCCCCGCAGCCGCCCUACAUCCUGCGCGCCUCCCUCGUAUCUAAGCGCUGGCGACUCCUUGCCACCGACCCCAAGUUCCUCCGCCGCUUCCGCGUCCGCCACCGGAGGCCUCCUCUCCUCGGCGUCUUCUCAUCAGAUUACAAACGGAACAUUUCGUUCAGAUCCACUCUGGACCCGCCGUACCGCAUCCCUCCCGAGCGCUUCUCCCUGCCACUCGAGCCCUGGGCGAUGCUCGACUGCCGACACGGACGCGUACUCUUCGUUGAGAAGAAGCGGCAUCAGCUCAUUGUGUGGGACCCUAUCACUGACCACUGCUGCUUCGUUGCCGAUCCGCCGCUGUUCAAGAUUGGGGUCCUUGGCGGGGCAGUUCUCUGCGCUGCCGCCGACCAGGGACACGUUCAUGGCGACUGCCGCUCGAGCCCUUUUAAAGUGGUCGUGCUGGGCUACGCCAAGCACGAUGAUCAAGAGGCGGGAUGCGUUGCAAGUGUUUACUACUCGGAGACUGGCAUAUGGGGCGAUCUCAUUUCAACAACGCUUCCAUGGAGGCCUGUUGCUUGUGAGUACAGCACAUUUGUUGGUAACGCCGUUCACUGGAUGCUUAUGAGUAGUGGGGGAUUGAGUGAGGGCAUACUUCAGUUUGAUUUGGAUCAGCAGAGGCUAGCUGUGAUCAAUACGCCUCCUGAUGUUCAUUACGAAUUUCACAGUGUUCAGGUCAUUCAGACAGAGGAUGGCGGCCUUGGCUUCGCCACUUUGUUGGGCCCCCACUAUCACCCCCGCUUCCAAAUGUGGGAGGGGAAGGUCAAUUCUCAUGGUGUUGCCAUAUGGGUGUUGCGGAGAACUGUUGAACUGCAGAAGAUUCUUGGAUUGGGGUUUAGGAUUGAGAAGGGGAUGUCAUCUAUAGUGCACUAUACUGAGGAUGCUCAUGCAAUCUUCUUUUGGGUGCACUCAUUUGUCUAUAUGGUUCAGCUUGAGUCAAUGCAGUCCAAGAAACUUUUUAGAAGCAACGGCGGGUUUUGCACCUAUCGUCCUUUCACAAGUUUUUAUACUGAAGGUAUCAGUGGUUUGAAGCAGAAGUAG